AUGGACGCAUCGAAGUCGUCUUCGCCUCCACGAGGGACCAAACGUAAGGCGGAUGAGAUGCAAGCCCCGCGCCGCAUUCGUGCCCUUGAACAAGACGUUGUCAACAAGAUCGCAGCCGGAGAGAUCAUCGUUGCACCCGUCCACGCUCUCAAAGAAUUGAUCGAGAAUGCAGUGGACGCUGGUUCCACCAGUCUCGAGAUCCUGGUCAAGGAAGGCGGCCUGAAGCUGUUGCAAAUCACUGACAAUGGGUGUGGCAUCAGCAAGGACGACUUGCCCAUACUUUGCGAGAGAUUCACCACAUCGAAGCUCAAGUCAUUCGAAGAUCUCCAGGCCAUUGGAACAUAUGGCUUCCGAGGCGAGGCUCUGGCCAGCAUAAGCCAUAUUGCGCAUCUUGCGGUGACCACGAAGACGUACGAUUCCAGCUGUGCUUGGAAAGCACACUAUGCUGGCGGAAAGCUCACUCCAGCAAAGCCGGGACAGUCCGAAGAUCCCAAACCCUGCGCUGGAAGACAAGGUACGCAAAUUUCUGUCGAAGAUCUCUUCUACAAUGUGCCGACUCGCCGCCGCGCCUUCCGAUCUGCGAGUGAAGAGUACGCAAAGAUUGCGGAGGUCGUCGGCAAAUAUGCAGUGCAUUGUCAAGGUGUAGCCUUCUCGUGCAAGAAGCACGGCGAAGCUGGUGCAGGUGUUGCCGUUCCAGCCAAUGCCAACAUUCGCGACCGGAUCCGUCUCACACAGAACAGCAAUGCGGCGAAUGAGCUUAUAGACUUCCAGAUCUCGAGUGACCAGUAUGGCUUCAGAGCUGCUGGACUAGUCAGCAACGCCAACUACAAUGGAAAGAAGACAACCAUGUUGCUUUUCAUCAACCAUCGAUCUGUCGACUCGUCUGCCAUCAAGAAAGCCAUCGAGCAGACAUAUUCGGUGUUUUUGCCGAAGGGAGGAAAGCCUUUCAUUUACCUCAGUCUCGAUAUCGACCCAGCACGAGUCGAUGUAAACGUGCAUCCGACCAAACGUGAAGUCAACUUCCUCAAUGAAGACGAGAUCAUUGAGCUUGUUUGCGAGGAAAUCCGUACACGAUUGGGCAAAGUCGACACCAGCAGGACGUUCAUGACGCAGAGCCUGCUCGUUGGAGCGGGAACGCCAAGUAUCUCGAAGACGAACCCAUUGCCAGGCGCAUCCGCAGCAGCAACAUCUCAGCGCCCGCCCACGAGGCAGACUGGCAGUUCAAGGAAACCAUAUGAGAACAACUUGGUCAGAACAGAUGCGAAGAGUAGGAAAAUCACGGCUAUGCUACCGCAGGCUCAGCACCAAGAGUUGCCAUCUCAUGAACCCGUCUCGGAUGACAUCGAGUAUGAAUAUACUGACAAGGAGGCAACGAUUUGUCGCUUGACUACGAUCAAGGACCUUCGUGCCUCGGUCAGGGAAAACAUGCACAACGAGCUGACCGACACUUACGCCAACCACACAUUCGUUGGCAUUGCUGACGAGACGAAACGCAUCGCCGCGAUCCAGGGCGGGGUCAAGCUCUUUCUCGUGGAUUAUGGAAUGACUGCCGCGGAAUAUUUCUACCAGCUUGCAUUGACGGACUUUGGUAACUAUGGAAGUAUUCGGUUCAACCCACCGCUAGCACUACAAGACUUGAUCCAGAUUGCAGUGCAGCAGGCCAGAGCAGCGACAGAAUCAGACAAUACGGACGUGGACUGGGACAAGGUUGCUGCUGCAGUGACGCAGCAGCUCAUCUCCCGCAAAGACAUGCUUUUCGAAUACUUUGCACUUGAGGUCUCACCAGAAGGCAAUCUCCUGGCCAUACCACUUCUGAUGAAGGGCUACAUGCCGUGUAUGGCUAAACUUCCCAACUUCCUACUCCGGCUAGGACCACACGUGGACUGGUCAGACGAGAAGGGGUGCUUCCAGAGCCUUCUUCGAGAACUUGCUAGCUUCUACGCUCCAGAAGCAUUACCUCCAGCACCACAGGAGGGACAGACAGAAGCUGAAGACAUGGCUGAGAGACGUCGCCACGUGCGUCGCGCGGUGGAAAAUGUGCUAUUCCCCGCGUUCAAAGCGAGGCUGGUCGCCACCGCUAGCCUACUGAAGGGCACCGUCGAAGUGGCAAACCUCAAAGGCCUCUACCGUGUCUUCGAGAGAUGCUGA